AGCCUUUUGAUAUAGAACUAUUAUAGAAUAAAAGUCUAGAAUCUAGAUAAGUCUUGUAUAAAAAUUUAUACAUCUCUUUUUAUACCAGAAACGUCGUCACACCGAAUUUGGCUGAUCGGUCUUAUCGAUCCGGUAUAGCUAUGUCUACUAGACAAUCUAUUAGUAUUUUGACAUAUGCUUGAAAGAGUGCAUUAGUGGACUGGGGACGACGGACUUCGGCGGCCGAAAGGGCCCUUAAAACGACACUGAGGACCUAUAUAUAAUAACGAUUGUUCCCUCAUUCCCAUCAAGAUAUCUCACUGAUUAUUCUGGAAAUCAUAUUCAAGAUACAGUCUCGGUCUUUGAGCCAAACAACAUGUAUCUCCUAGGCAUCACCACGUGUUUGCUUGCUUCUCUCACUUCAGCCUUACCCGCUCCAGAGAAACGCCAACUAGCACCUAGCGUCCAGCUAUCAAAUGCUCAAAUCAUCGGGUCUAGUAAUCUUACGGCGGGAGUCGACACCUUCAAAGGUAUUCCUUAUGCACAACCACCCGUCGGACCACUACGCUUGAAGCCUCCAACGCCUAUCACCACUCAGCUUGGCACUAUUCAAGCCACCAGCAUCCCCACAGCCUGUCCUCAAGCUCGCUCCUCAAAUCCAAUGGGAGAGGAUUGUCUAACCGUCAACAUCCAACGCCCCUCAAAUGUUACCAAGGACUCCAAACUUCCUGUUCUUUUCUGGAUAUACGGCGGUGCCUUCGGAGCCGGAUCUACCCAAACUUUCGACGGAACUCAAUUCAUCCAAACUUCCGUCUCCCGCCAUCAGUCCUUCAUCUACGUAGCCGUUAACUACCGUAUCGGUGGGUUUGGCUUCCUAGGCGGUUCCGAGAUUUACAAAGAUGGUUCUGCAAAUCUAGGACUCUUGGACCAAAGACUCGGUCUUGAAUGGGUCGCCGACAACAUUGCAGCGUUUGGAGGCGACCCUGACAAAGUCACGAUUUGGGGUCAAUCUGCCGGAUCUAUUUCUGUGUUUUAUCAAAUGGCAUUAUAUGGCGGAAAAUACCAUUACAAAAACAAACCACUUUUCCGCGGUGCGAUCAUGGAUUCUGGCUCCCUCACACCCGCCGAACCCAUCGAUGGGCCACGUGCACAAGAAUCAUACGGCCUAGUUGUCUCCGCGGCGGGCUGUGCAAAUUCCACUGACACCCUAAAUUGUCUCCGCGGCGUCUCCUACGAAACAUAUCUAGCCGCUACCGUCUCCCUCUUUUCACUGCCAGCAUACACCGUCACCUCAAUCCCUUACCUCCCACGCCCCGACUACGAGGGAGGAGUCUUCCCAGCUUCCGCCGAGGUCCUCGCAUUGCGCGGACAAUUCGCCCCUGUACCAAUGAUAAUCGGCGACCAAGAAGACGAAGGAACAAUAUUCUCCCAAAACGCAUCGCCCAACACAACUGCUGAACUAGAGACCCUUCUCCACACCGUCGUCUACUCCUCCGCUAACUCCUCCCAAAUAUCCACCCUCGUCUCUGCUUACCCCGAUGAUCCUUCCUUUGGUUCCCCAUUCGGUACUGGUUCUGCCAAUAACAUUUUCCCAGAAUACAAGCGUUUGGCAGCCAUAACGGGCGAUAUCUCAUUCACGCUUAUCCGACGUCUGUUUUUGGAGCAUGCAGAGAGUAUACAACCGCAUGUACCAAAGUACUCAUAUCUUGCGACUUAUGGUUAUGGAACUCCGACAGUGGGAACGGCUCAUGGAUCUGAUGUGCCGAUAGUUUACGGAAAGCAGUUGGGCUUCCCUCAAGAGACUAUCCAGGGCUAUUAUCUUAAUUUUGUGGAGAACGGGGAUCCGAAUCGCGAUGUUGGCCCUGGAAAUGGAAAUGCGACACUUCACUGGCCGCUCUGGAAUGAAGGAAAACAACUUAUGAACUUCGGGGCUAAGAAUAAUACACUAAUGGUGGAGAAUUUCAGGGAGGAACAAUAUGAGGUUAUUAAAUCGUUGAUCGGGAGUCUGCAUAUUUGAGGAAUGGAAUCUUGCACAGCAUGAAUAAUUUCAAGUAUUAGAUGUGGAUUGUUUAAAGAGAAAGAAGGUGACCUACAGGUGGAGGAUAGAGCUAGCGCUUGUAUUUAUACUUGUAGCAUAGUUAAUUUCAAUUUAAUAAAUAGAAUUUGUCGAGAUCGAUUGUGUAACAUCGCCAGUGACCACCAGUGAGUGUGAUUUGAACAUUAUAUUGGUAAUCAGUCCUGGAUGAGGUGCGGAAAAGUCCCGGUGAGCUUCCAUCAUGACUUGGGACCAGGGUUGAGUUUGCUAGCUGUUAGAUAUCAUGGCGUCGAAUUUGUGACUUCGUGAAGAUGUUG